AUGAAAGAAACGAUCAUGAACCAGGAGAAAAUGGCCAAGCUGCAGGCACAAGUGCACAUUGGUGGGAAAGGAACUGCUCGCAGAAAGAAGAAAGUGGUUCACAGAACAGCCACAGCAGAAAAUACAAAACUGCAGUUCUCCUUAAAGAAGUUAGGGGUGAACAAUAUCUCUGGUAUUGAAGAGGUGAACAUGUUUACAAACCAAGGAACAGUGAUCCAUGUUAACAACUCGAAAGUUCAGGCGUCUCUGGAAGCAAACACUUUCACUAUUACAGGCCACUCUGAGACAAAGCAGCUGACAGAAAUGCUUCCCAGCAUCCUAAACCAGCUUGGGGCAGACAGUCUGACUAGUUUAAGGAGACUGGCUGAAGCUUUGCCCAAACAAUCUGUGGAUGGAAAAGCACCACUUGCUGCUGGAGAGGAUGAUGGAGAUGAUCUCCCAGAUCUGGUGGAGAAUUUUGAUGAGGCUUCCAAGAACAAGGCAAACUGA